AUGUCUCCUACAGCUUUGAGAAAUACUGACACGGUCGAGAUCGUGGACAUUCACCAGAAUGACAUGGAAUUCUCCCUCGUUGAUGAUAUCUACAAGAAUUUGGACCCACCUGCAGAUACACCACGCACAUUCCCUACCCUCCUGCUAUACGAUGCCAAAGGACUGAAGCUCUUUGAGAAGAUUACAUACCUGGAGGAAUAUUACCUUACCAACACGGAAAUUGAGGUCUUGACGAACCACGCGAAGCGGAUAGUCGAGCGCAUUCCGGAGAAUGCACAGUUGGUGGAGCUUGGUAGUGGAAAUCUGCGCAAGAUCGAGAUUCUGCUCCGUGAGUGUGAGCGAACAGAAAAGAAAGUAGAUUAUUACGCGCUGGACCUUUCCCUAGUGGAAUUGCAGCGGACAUUCUCCGAGAUCUCGCCCGAGAGCUUCGUGCAUGUGGGAUUCCACGGUCUCCAUGGAACCUAUGAUGACGCCGUUGGGUGGUUGCAGAGCCCAGAGAACCGACAGCGGCCGACGGUUGUCAUGUCAAUGGGAUCUUCAAUGGGCAAUUUUGGUCGUUCAAGUGCCGCUGAGUUCUUGGGCGGAUUCUCCAAAUUGCUGGAUCCGUCUGAUUUCAUGCUGAUCGGAUUGGAUGCCUGCAAGAACCCAGAGAAAGUGUUCAGGGCAUACAAUGAUAGCGAAGGCAUCACCCACCAGUUCUAUGAAAAUGGUCUGGUGCAUGCCAACGCGGUUCUUGGCUUUGAAGCCUUUAAGCAUGGUGAAUGGGAGAUCUUGACUGGGUAUGAUAGCCACGAAGGACGGCAUCAAGCUUGCUAUGCUCCCAAGGUCGAUGUGGUCAUCAAUGGCAUCAAGAUCCCUAGAGGUGAAAAGCUUGUCUUUGAGGAGGCAUGGAAAUACGGCCGCGAUGAACGCGAUGCAUUGUGGCGAAAGGCAGACCUUAUCUCUCAAGUGGAGUUUGGGAAUUCCACUGAUGAUUAUCAUGUCCAUUUACUAUCACCUGCAGCGCUUGACACAUCCACAGACCCUUCGCAAUACGCGCCUCAGCCAAUCCCAAACAUCGAAAAUUUCCAGUCACUAUGGACUGCGUGGGAUCUUGCAACCAAAACUAUGAUUCCCCGUGAAGAGCUUUUGUCGAAGCCAAUCAAGCUCCGCAAUGCGCUUAUAUUUUAUCUCGGCCACAUCCCAACAUUUUUCGAUAUCCAUUUGACUCGCGCUCUACACGAGGAUCCUACUGAGCCUAGAUAUUACCAGCAAAUCUUCGAGCGUGGCAUUGAUCCAGACGUCGAAGACCCGGAACAAUGCCAUAACCACAGUGAAAUCCCCGAUGAGUGGCCUCAAUUGAACCAAAUUUUGGACUAUUCAGAGAAAGUUCGAACCCGUGCGCGAUCAAUUCUACAGGAAGGAUCUACAUCACAAGACCGAACUCUUGGAGAGGCUCUUUGGAUUGGCUUUGAACAUGAAGCCAUGCACCUUGAGACCUUCCUCUAUAUGUUACUCCAGAGUGACAAGACCUUGCCACCUACGGGGGUCGCACGCCCAAACUUCGAGGAAAUCAGCCUAGAGGCCAAGAAACAUGAAAGGCCAAAUACAUGGUUCAGUAUCCCGGCACAGACACUGAAGAUUGGCUUGGAUGACUGUGAUGAAGAGGUCAUGCCAAAGAGUUCUUUCGGUUGGGACAAUGAGAAGCCCCAGAGAACGGCCAAUGUGCAUGCCUUUGAAGCCCAAGCACGACCCAUCACCAACGGUGAAUAUGCUGAAUAUAUGCAAGCUCAUGAUAUCCAAACACUCCCCGCAUCUUGGGUGCUGAUCCCAGGGCAAGACAAUCCGAUCUCGAGAGGGAUUGGUCAUUCAAUCACUCAAGCUGGAUCAAGUUACCACUCAACGGGAUUUUCCACUGACAGGAUUGCCGUCCGAACAGUAUUUGGACCUGUCGCUUUGAAGUAUGCACAGGACUGGCCGUUCAGUGCUUCUUAUGACGAACUAGCGAGCUACGCAAAGUGGAUGAACUGCAGGAUCCCCACCUUUGAAGAGGUCAAGAGUAUCUAUCAGUACGCUGAGCAGACCCAAGGUCAUCAAACUUCAAACGGCUACAGCAAUGGGACCAAUGGGUCUUAUUCCCACGAUAUGAAACCACACUCUGCUAGUCAGGGACUCUUCCGUGAUCUUAAGGGCUGCAACGUUGGCUUCAAGAACUGGCAUCCUGUUCCGGUCACCCCCAAUGGUGACAAGCUAGCUGGUCAAGGUGGCAUGGGAGGUGUCUGGGAGUGGACCAGCACACCAUUGACGCCACACGAGGGAUUCAAAUCAAUGGAAAUCUACCCUGGAUAUACAUCGGACUUUUUCGAUGGAAAGCACAAUGUUAUGCUUGGAGGCUCUUGGGCUACUUUGCCCCGCAUCGCUGGUCGGACCAGCUUUGUCAAUUGGUACCAGCACAACUACCUAUAUGCCUGGGCUGGAGCUCGACUGGUGAGAGAUGUAUAG